GAAUGCGCCUAGCUGUUCCAUAGCAAGUUAGACCUAUGUGCACCGAUGAAUUCUAUUCCUCUUUCGCUGCUUGAAACAGCCGCCCUCACUGUUGCUUCCAACGUUUCCAGCUAUUCCAGCCUCGACCGAGUUCCAGAGGACUUGCUGCUUUACAUCUUCACGGCCGUGCUGCAGCAAGGAAAGCUAACUCCCAAGGUGUUGCGGCUUUUUAAGGAGUCUGGACGAACGGCGGUCAUCGAACAAAUCAAGGCUCUGGGCGUCAAGGACGAUCUGCCGCCAGUCAUCCGGGACAGCCGCAACCCCUGGCUGGGCGACAAGCCGAGCCUGUUCUAAGCUGGGGUACUGGUGCUGGGACGGCAUGAUCGGGCAGUGACCAGCUGCGCGACGUGCCGGCGCCAACUGUUAUCGUACUCAUUGCCUACGUCGACAGCGGCGCGGGCUUCAUUGCAGAUGACUUGACACCGGGCACUCUGACGCCAGGGUUAUGCAUGUGGCAGCGCGGCGCGGCGCAGCUAUGCCUCCAGUGCAACGGCGAAGCAUGCGGGACAGUGGCUGGCACUACGGUUGCCAUAAUUGACAUCAGCUGGGUGCGCGCUGUCACGAGGCACGGUGCGCUGCCAGCCAGUUGACGACCGCGGGAUGGCGAGAGUGCUGGGCCUGGAGCAAAGGCUGAGUGUAGCGGGCUAGGAGGACGGAGCCAUGUUACGGUGCUGUUGCACAUUGAGAGCUCGUAUGUGCACAUUGCAUCAAUGGAUGCAAGGCUCGUGUGUUUCGUUUACUGCACCUGUAAGCUGUGACACAC